UUGUUAGAACUUUUGUUAUAUGUGACCAAGAAAGCCUCAUCUCUUGUUCAACCUCAUCCUCAAACUCUCCUCCCCAUGAGUUCCAUUGGCCAAAGCAUUCUCAUGGCCUUAGCCGUCACUCUCAACAAAUUUGCUUCUUCCAACGUUCAAUCCGUUCAAAGAAACAAAGCCACCGCCACCGCCACCGUCUCUUCACCAAUUGGAAGAAGAAGCCUCCUCUUGUCCACCCUUGCCCCCGCCUCCGCCGCCGCCGCCUCCACGGUCGACUCCAGAACAGAGCUGCUAAAAAGGUACCUCAAGAAGUCUGAAGAGAACAAAGAAAAGAAUGACAAGGAGAGAUUGGAAAGUUACUACAAGCGAAAUUACAAAGAUUAUUUUGAGUUUGUGGAAGGAUCGGUGAAGAACAAGAACGAACUUUCCGAAGCUGAAAAAGGUAUUGUUGAGUGGCUUAAACGAAGUAAAUGAAUGAGUACGAGAGUAUACACUUUUUAGUUUUAGUUUAAUUACCAUAACUAUUAUAACAAUAGUCUUAAUUAAUUCAUGCCUCUAAUUUUAUUAAUUAAUAAUUUGCUUCACUUGUAAAAUCGUAGUGUGAAAAUUAAAAUGACAAAGUAUUGUGGAAUUUUAUUUUUCUUUGUUUAGUUCGUUUUUACUAAAUGGAUCAAUUCAUAAGUCAAAACCAAUAUUUGGGAAACUAACAUUUUAAAUUUGGUCCAUUUUGUAAAUAUUUUAAAUCUAUGUAUAUCGUAAAUUUUAGAGUUUGUAUCGGAUUAUACUUUUACAAGUGUAUCGAUUUCGACUGUCAAUUACAUUU